CCACCAACCACCACCAGUAGAUGGUAGCACUUGACGUUACGCGCGCACAACCUCCGUUCUCCCGGUCCCUGCAUUGGCCUUGCCUUUUUCUUUUUGAGCGUCAAAAAUUCAAAACAUCAUCAACAGAUUAAAAGUUUCGGCUGUUUGGCGGUGUACCUGCGUCCGACGUCCGACUGUAUGUAACUUAUAUGCUGAUUUUGAGCUGUGUUCCUUGCUGGUUGCUUGGUAUUUGGUUGUGUGAAAUUGGAAGUAUUCGGCGACUGAAGACGGAACCAAACGAGGCACUCAUAUAAUUUUCCUAAGCUAAGAAAUUUAAAAUUUCUAGAAUGGUUCGCUCGAAGAGCCAAGUUAGGGCAUCCAGCAUGUCCCCUGUUAAGAGAAAGGCGAAAAAGACAGAAGCGAAUGCACUUCAUCCAGCUCUAGCUGCUCCACCAUCGUAUGUGGGAAAAAAGAAAUCAGUUCAAAGAAACAAAAUGCCAGGACUGAAAAGAAAAUCAAAGAAGCCUUACAGGCCUGGUGCAAAGGCGCUACAGGAGAUCAAAUUGAUGCAGCGUUCGACCAACUUGUUAAUUCCUAAACUUCCAUUCAGCAGAAUUGUGAGAGAAGUCAUGAUGAAUUUCACAGGCCGAGACUUGAGAAUCACAACUGAAGCCCUUUCGGCGCUGCAAGAGAGUGCUGAGGCGUACCUUACCCAAUUCUUCGAAGAUGCCAAUCUCCUGUCAAUUCAUGCAAAGCGAGUAACACUCAUGGCACCAGACAUCAUUCUACUCAAACGACUAAGAGGUCGCCUUGACCCGUGUAAUUAAGUGAUCUCAAUUAUUGUAACGUGUUGUACAGUUAUGUGUUGCCCGUUAAAUAAGUGCUAGUUUUUCAGUUUGUAAACAGUUGUAAGUCCUUUGUAAUAAUGAUAUUUUUGUAAAAAUGGUUAAGCUUCCCCGAAAAUUGGAAAGUCAAGUUUGGCAAUUGCUGCGCAAAAGAAAUACACAAAAUAUAAAGCA